AUGGCUCGCACGAAGCAGACCGCCCGCAAAUCGGCAGGAGGCAAAGCCCCCAGGAAGCCGCUGACCACCAAGGCUGCUGCCAAGACGGCGCCCCCCAGCGGCGGCGUGAAGAAGCCGCACCGCUACCGACCUGGCACCGUGGCGCUCCGCGAGAUCCGGCGCUUCCAGAAGUCCACGGAGCUGCUGCUGCCCAAGCUCCCCUUCCAGCGGCUGGUGCGCGAAAUCGCGCAGAUGGUCAGCGCAGACCUGCGCUUCCAGAGCGCGGCCAUCGGCGCCCUGCAGGAGGCCAGCGAGGCCUAUCUGGUGGGCUUGUUUGAGGACACCAACCUGUGCGCCAUCCAUGCCAGGCGUGUCACCAUUCUGCCCAAGGAUCUGCAAGUGGCUCGCCGCCUUCGAGGGGACCGUGUCUGA